AACAGCUGACAGAGUUUCUCGACUCCCUCUGCCUCGAACCCUCUGCACUGGGUUCAUUCUUUUCUCGGCUUUCUCUCUUUUAGCUGAUACAGCUUCUCCAAAAUACAACUUCACGCCUCAAGUUUAUAGUGAGAACCUUAAGUUAACAACAUUUAAUCUUUGUCCAUGUCAGGAAUGACAGUUGAAUGACAUCUACAAUGUUUGCUGGAACAUUGAGCAGACUACAGCUGCUUCAGCACACACUGUUGACAUCAAAGACCAUGCAUACAAUGGCAGCACUACCACUGUUUCUUUGGCAGCCUUUGUUAAGAACAGCUACAUGUACAAGGACAACUCUCUUGGAUUCUUUAAAACUAAAUAGAACAAGGUUUGAACAGCUAAGGCUUGUCACCUCUACAUGUAGGAAUGAUGUCAAACAUGACAGCACAAAGCAGUCAGUAGAUACAUCCAAGGAGGCAGCAACCAGCAUUACAUUACCUCAGUUGGAUCUUCCUAAUUAUGAUAAGGAGUUGAUGUUCAAGGGACUGGAGACUGAUUUUCCUUGUUUGUCUAGGUUACCUUCAGCAGGCCCAGAGCCAGAGUACCACAAGAUCAGCUCAGGAUAUAAAGAAUUUCAGUUAAAUGAACCAUUUCAUCUGAACUAUAACAGUGGUGUCCUGCCUCAACUUAGCAUUGCGUAUGAAACUUGGGGUGAACUCAAUCAAGAGAGAAGUAAUGUAGUCAUCAUAAACACCGGAAUGUCUGCCAGCUCCCACGUGAAAAGUCAUAAGGAAAACCCAACCCCUGGUUGGUGGGAGAAGUUCGUGGGUCCAGGCUGUGCCAUUGAUACAGAUAAAUUCUUUGUUAUCUGCUCAAAUGUUUUGGGUGGUUGCUAUGGUACAACAGGACCAUCUUCAACCAAUCCAGUAACGGGUCAGCCAUAUGGGACACAUUUUCCCCUUGUUACUGUGGAGGACAUGGUCCGGUCUUUCUUCCUUCUCUUAGAUCAUCUUCAAAUACACAAGGUUUAUGCGUCAGUUGGCUCAUCUCUGGGUGGAAUGUUGUCAUUAAUGGCUCCUGCAUUAUAUCCAGAUCGUGUAGGCAGAGCUAUUUGUAUCUCAUCUUGUGCGCAAACUCAUCCAUCAACCAUAGCUAUGCGAUAUCUACAACGUCGAGCUAUCAUGACUGAUCCCAACUGGGCAAGAGGACAUUAUUAUGGCCAGUCAUUUCCUAGAAUGGGCAUGAAACUUGCAAGAGAGUUGGGAACAAUCACAUAUCGCAGUGGACCAGAGUGGAUGGAACGCUUUGGCCGAGCUAAGAUAAGCAACGAGCAGGCAUCACUUUGCCCUUACUUUGAGAUUGAGAGUUACCUGGAGUAUAAAGGCGAACAGUUCAGUGUGAAAUAUGAUCCCAACUCACUGUUGUACAUCUCCAAGGCCAUGGAUUUUUUUGAUAUGGGUGAAGGAUUUUCAUCCCUGUUGGAUGGUGUUAGUCGAGUGAAGUGUCCGACAAUGAUUAUUGGUGUACAGACCGAUAUCCUCAUACCUGUUGCUCAACAAAGACAGAUAGCAAGCUUACUCAGAGAGUCAGGUAACAAUAAUGUGACAUACUACGAGCUGGACGCAAUCUAUGGUCAUGAUACAUUCCUCCUAGAUUUAAACAACGUUGGAGCCGCUAUUAAGGGCCAGUUGGAGACAGAGCUAAAGUAAACAUGGUAUGACAGUGGAGUGACAUCAAGCAACCAGCAAGCUGACAUCAAAACUGUAUCUUGCUUUUAUUUCAUUUAGUUAAGCUGCAAAUUAAUUGCCUAAUCAUUCAGAUGAAACCGGAAACCUUCUGGGAAUUCUGUAAAAUGUACAGUCCUAUGAUUGACAGUCCUGCUGAUUAGCAUAUUUAGUUUCUAUAAAGAGAAUAGUUAUUUUUUUGUCCUAAUACUACAUUAGUAUGAUAAAGUACCUGUAGGUUAACUUCAAGUACUAUGCAACCAGAUUUAACAGAUUUUAACCUUUAUUUAGUUUUUGGUAUGUUAACAUACAAAUUUUAUUUCAUUCAUAAAUUUGUUGAUAAAGGUGAGGAGUUUGUACUUUUUCUUUGAGUAAAUCACAAGACACAUCUUUACAUUUAGACACUUAAAGCCAUUGGACACUUUCGGAACAGAAAAAAAUAAACAAAAGUUCACAGAUUUACAAAUACAUGUAACUU